CAAAAGAGAAAUAGCCUGACCCAUUAUAAUUCAAUCUUUCCCAACCUCCAUUAAGCAGGCUCUCCAUUAUACAAAGUAUCCCACCUAAAAGCUCUGUUUCUGUCUCUCAACCCCUUCCUGCUUUAAAUCUAAUGAUAAACCCUCUCUUUUAGUAUAUACUCUCUCUUUCAACAAUGGAGGCUUUCAGCUUGCUCAAGUACUGGCGCGGCGGUGGUGGAGGCAACACAUUUUCUGCUGCCGACGCCGGAUUCUCUUCUCGUUCCACGGACUCCUCUACCGCCGGUGCUACAACUAUCGUCACCACCGUUAGUCCUCACUUCACUGACUCGGACUCCGACUUCGAUUCCGACACCGAGGACGGCCCCUUCUUUGAUUUGGAAUUCACCGUUCCGGAAGAUGAGGACGGAGACGCCAAAGCUCAAACUGGUGCCGGAGAGAAUGAAGAUAAGACUGUUGAUGCGCAACAUUCCGAAAUAGACGACGGAGGCGACUCCGAUGACUCGGACGAUGAGAAUGAAGAAGGUGAGUUGAAGUUGACGUUCUCCCCCUCCUCUGCCUCCAACGUUGACCGCUCUGACGCAAACGCUUCGCUCUCGCCUCGUGACGAUCUCUUCUUCAAAGGCCGCCUUGUGCCGGUUGAGCAUGCGUCGUUGACGCUAACGGCGUCGGAAGCGAACUCCAAGUUUCCGGUGUCUUUCCUGAAAUCGGCCACCAAAUUCAGAGUUAUGAUGUUGAAAUUGAAGAAGCCGAAAGCAAAUGCGCACCGGAGCCCUGAGAAAUCGGAGCCGAAAUCAAAGCCGUGUCCGAAGCGUAAAGCCUCCAGGAAUGAGAAAGACGAGGAGGCUCAAAUUCGAGCCGAGAAGAAGUCGUUCACCGUGAAAUUGAAGGUUGAAGAAGUGAAAAUCAAGUCGCUGUUUACACGAGAGAGUAGUUCAAAAGGCAAUAACAAUGGCAAGGCCGAGCAGAAGCCGAACACCUUAGAAUCACACCUGAACUCGAGUUCAUCGUCAGAGGAGAGGAAGUUUCCCAAAGAAACGAUUCAAAAAUAUUUGAAACUGGUGAAGCCUUUGUACAUUCGCGUCUCAAAGCGGUACAGCGAUAAAUUGGGGUUCUCAGGUCACUUGAGCUUUCCCGGAGGCGGAACAGCGGCCGCCGCAACAACUCAUUCGCCACCGCCGCAGUCUACGGCGGAAAAAGCGGAAACGGAACCAACGGACUUGUCCGAGAAAGCAGCGGUACUGAACAACGCCAAGAGUCAGAAACAGGGGAACUUACCCGCCGGACUGAGAGUCGUACCGAAAAACCUCAUGAAAAGCCGAUCGGCGUCCUCAGCAGCAGCGGCGGCGGCGGCGUCCCCGGUGUCGUCAUCUCAGCGACGCGACGACUCACUGAUCGAGCAACACGAUGGAAUCCAAGGCGCCAUUUUACAUUGCAAGAGAUCGUUCAACGCUUCCAGAGAUUCAUACUAUCGCGAUGAGCCAAACCUUUUCUUGUUCUAGGAAGGAAGCCAUAGCGCAACAAGGAUUAGCAACUAAUUAAUCAAACACUACUCCGCAGUGGCUAAGAUUAGUGUAGAAGAUGCAGUAUCACUCGCAUUUAGAAAAAAAAAAAAAAAAAAAAAAAAAAAAAACGGAAGAUGAUGGUCUCUUUCAGGCUGCGAUUGAUGGAAGAGAUUCAACGCUAAAUUGCAUAGGUGAAUGAAAUUAUGAAUAGUCUAUUAUCAGAUGUGUUUUGAUCUUUGUAAAAAAAUUGCUUUUAGUAUCUUAGCAGUUUGUAGAUUGAUGUACCGUGUACCAUAGUUGUGUGAUCAUGAUGAUGAGUUUGAUGACCAUCUCCAAGAAUUUAUCAAAGUCUGCAUUCUCAUCA